AAAGUUUGUUUUCAAUUUCAGUUUCCCGUGCAUCAUCAACCGUUGGUGUUCUUAUCGUAAAAUUUCUAGUAAAUUUAUAUGAAAACUUAACUUUAGCCGGUUAAAAUUAUUCUGAACGUUACCCCAGUAGUGUGAGCGUUGACAUAAUCUUUCAAAAUGUCCAGUAAUAAGCGAACUACGAUGCCUCGUCGAACAGAGGACUUUGAUUUCUCAGCGCCACAAUCAUCUGUGAAGAAACCGCCUUCGCAACGGACAAGCCGCAUAGCUCAGCCAGUUAGGAAACUGUCGAAAACAAGCCUUGGCCACGGUCUAAAUGAGAAUCGUCGCUCAGCUUCCAACGAUCGGCUCAGUGCCCAUUCUAAUGUACUCGUCCAGCAAACUCCGGCAACUGCCCGAAAAUUGCGCAGUCAGAGCGCGACUCCAGCGAGCCGAACCCCCCUUAGAAGCAAUGAAAAUAUUCCCAUCCCUUCUACGGUCGAGAAGGAUAAGCCACCGUUAGAAAACCGCGAAUGGAUGAUGGCCCAAUGUGAACGAAUUUGUGACUACCUGGAAACGAUACCCGAUUUGCCACAAGAGUUCGUCGAGCGGCGAAAUUUGCGGGCCAUGUCUACGAAACAGUUCCUGGUUAUCAUGAAUCAUCUUUUCCGGCAAAUCGGAGGCAAUCGCUAUAAAUUGGGUACAAAUUUCAUCGACGACAUCAUGAAAACGAUGAUAGAAUUGGAGUAUCCUUACACAAUCAACAAGUCGAUGCUUAAGACGCCAAACGUUCCACAUUCAGUCAACCACAUUAUAGUCAUGAUAGGAUGGCUGGUACAGUUGGUGCCUCCGAUCAACCAUGAGAUUUCACAUCUUAAACGCGACGUUGAUCUUGUAGAUGAGUUUCCAAACUGUGAGUUCCAAAACUUUUUCUUUGCGAAAGUUCAGGAUGGUUUCAGUGUAUGGAAUUUACAGAAAAUGGACGAAUAUGGAGCAGUCGUUGAAGAGCUGACUGAUAAAUUGGUGGAAGCACGAACAAAUGGUUUGAAUCAGCGCCAAGUGCAAGAUAGAAUCGGGCAACUGGAACAAGAAUAUCAAGAUUUAAAUAACAGAACAGUUCAACAGGGUCGCGAGCAAAGUAUGGAUGCUUUUGUUGAAACCAUUCAAGACCAACAAGAGCUAAGGAAAAAGCUACAAGAAGAAGUUAAGACCAUUCAAAAACAGGCUAAUAAGCUUGAUAAGGAAUAUUAUUUGAGACAAGACGACUAUUACGCUCGUGAAAAAAGUUUAGAAGAGUUAAAGCAGCAGAUCAAAAUUCAACAGGUUGAUGCCACCGAAAGAGACGAAAUAAUCAACACUAUAUCAACGAAUAAGAAUCUCCUAACAGCAAAGAGGUUGACAGUGAGUAACCUGGAACAGUCUUCUUAUGACCAUCAAAUUGUCGUGUCCCGCCUGAUAAAACAAAAGUACAAUGUAAUAUCUAAUCUUAACACCAGUUUACAUAAAAUGGCGAAUACCCUGAAGCCACUAAUCAACUUUGAAGCUCCGAUGCUAGAUUUGAAAACUGAAAAUUAUGAAGAGCUAUAUCUGAAUAUACAGAACAUUAAAACGCAGCUUCAGCGAGUACUUUCCGAGCAAGCUUCAAUAUACUCACAACUCAACGAAGAGCAAUGCACACUCGAACGACAAUUAUCCGACCUGCAAAUCCGGUACACCUCAGUUGAAAAAUCUCUUCAAGAGACAAUAACUCGUUACGAGCAACUGAAAAAGCAACGUGGAGAACUGAUCGACCAGCUAAAUACCAUUUCUGCCGAGAAUGCACAGGCCAGCCAACGGAAGGAUGACGAAAGGCUUCAGAGAACCCGAGAGAUCCAAGAGCUUCGGGAACGAUGCGAGCAAAACAAAAAAGCUAUCGAGAAGCUGACGAUAGAGAAGCAGAAAUUGAUGGCACAAAACUUGGAGGAAUGCCAUCACAUUUUGACGGAGAAGAAACGGAUACAGAAGGAAGUGACGGAAAAGAUUGAAGCAAUGGAAAACGUAAUUGCAGACAUUGAACGGGAACUGGGACCCCUCGACUGAUGUGAGCUUUGGGGAUAACAGGUUUGUUUUGUGUUUCAGUAAAUUUUUCGCUUUUAAUUCGUUUUUAAAAUUGUGGUUCAUAAUGUGUCUAAUAUAUCACCUCCACUUUGGGUUA